AUGAUGAAACGUAUCUGCAGCAGAGUUCCUUCAGUCUUGUGUGGCAAGCAAAAUAUGAUGAUUUGUAAUGGUGUUACCACUACUAGAUCCAUGUUUACUUGUACUAAUUUCUUGAGAGCUCCACCAACGGAACUUAUCAAACAAUUGAGAGCCGAAACUGAUGCUCCUUUAGGACAAGUUAGAAAAGCCCUCGAAGAAAGUGAUAAUGAUAUUAAAAAGGCUAAGGAAUGGCUCAGACAAAAAGGUCUUCAAACAGCUGCUAAGAAAUCAGCAAGAUCUACACAAGAAGGUAUUAUUGGUAUUCAACAAAAUGGUAAUGAAAGAGGUGUUCUCUUUGAAGUUAACAGUGAAACUGACUUUGUUAUUAACUCGGAUGUUUUCAAGGGUGUUGUUGACGAAUGUUUGGAUGUUUUGGUAAAAUCAAAGUUUGAAAAGAAUGAAUAUUCAGUUGAACAAGAUGAACAAUCAUUCAAUCAACAAGUUGCUGAAAAUUCAGCACUUUUUGAAAAUGGAGUUUCAAUCAAACAAAAAUUCACUGAACUUGUUGCUGUUUUACGUGAAAAUGUAAAGGCCAGAAGAGUUAAAUUCAUUAAUAAUAUCGAUUCCUCAUCUCAAUUAGUUGGAUAUCUUCAUAAUAGUAAGACCUCAAAGAUUGGUGGUGUUGGUGCUUUUGUCAUUGUUAAAGCUGCUCCAAAUUCAACCAAGACUGCUGAACAAUUACAAUCUGCUGGUAGACAAAUUGCCAUGCACAUUUGUGGUAUGGGUCCAAAUUAUUUAACAAAGGAUCAAGUUCCAGCUGAAGUUUUGUCUCAUGAACGUGAAUUAUUAAUCAAGAGACUCGAGGAACAAAAUAUGGAAGAAAAGAAGAAGGCUGAAGAAGCUGGUAAGGAAUAUAAGCCAAAACCACAAAACAUUUUGAAUAUGAUGAUUGAAGGUCAAUUGAAUAAGCAAUUCCUUGCUGACCAUGUCUUGUUGCUUCAACCUUGGGUUUUAGAUCAAAAGAUGUCAGUUCAACAAUUUUUGAAAGAAGAAGGUAUUGAAGUUGUUGAUUUUAUUAGAAUGAAGGUUGGUGAAGGUAUGGCUUACCAAGCAAAGAAAUCUUUCGCUGAAGAAGUUGCUGAACAAGUUGGUCAAAAGUAA